CCGACUGUGACUACGGUUGCCCGGGGCGACUGCGAUCCAUCGACCAAAGGUGCAAACUCGGUGAAGGGACCAAAGGGGAAAGGGGCUUCGACCGCAAGAACGCGCCUGUAUUGUCCACAUUCCUCCGCCGCCUGUUGUCUCCUUACCGCACCACACACCAACAACACCCGCCCAAAGCAGUAAUGUCCUGACGAUGCAAACCGCCAUCUUUUGCGAACCACGACUUUUCCCUUGCUCCCUCUUCGUUUCCCGGCGGUCAGUCGUUGACAUAGCUGUCCCCCCCGUCCGGCCAAGAUGCAGGCCGUGCCGAGUCUUGUGGGAACCGGCACCGUUGUUGCGGCCGCCACUACUGGUCUAGUAUUUGGCCAGCCUCCCGACCUCGACUACCCUCAGCCCAUACCCAAAAGAAAGAUGGCCCGGGACUACGAUCUAUUUCGAAUGCCCAUGGCAUCUCCUCGACCCGGCACUAGCGGUAUCCUUCUCACCUCUCCACAAUCAGAAUACUUCCCGUACAGCUCCUUCGAACCACCACUUGAUGUAGUUCCGGGACCCCUUACGUCACAUCCCACAAAUUCGACCGGCCAGCGCCCCGGCAGUUUACCCCCACCACCUUCGAGAGGGAACCGAAGGCAGUCAUUCAUACGGAGCCAUAGCGAGCGGUCCACGAGCAAUAGUGUGCGGGAUUCGAGUUCGUCGAGGGAGUCGUGGUUGAAGCGCUUGUCCAUACGUCCUCUAUCUCAGCAUGAAAGUAGUCCAAGGUCAAGCAUGGGUCCAGACUCGCUUUCGAUCAAUUUCUCCAACAACGGCUCCGAAGCGCCCAUGUUGAGGUCCAACAACACCACUGCGUCGGGGCCACAAGCGGCACCAAACAAGCUGGUCAAGAGGAUAACAACUGGGCAAGGAGGAAACUCGGAGACAAAGCAAAAACGAGGAUCGAGGCCACAAUUACCAACGUUGCGACGACCAGCCACCAGCCACCAACGGUCCAUGACACUCCAGCAGCUUCAGGGCACCUUCUGUCCAACACCGGUGGAUCCCAAGUUCUCGCUAGAAGAAGAGCCGGAGCUUCCUCAUCGUACGACGAACCCACAGGCGGAUGCGGGCGUUGCCAAGGGUCGCGGGCGAUGGACAUCGUUCUUCCAUGCUCGGAUACUCAGGUCAUCCGGCCGGAGAAGUGGUGCGCGGUUGAGCGAAAGUAGCCUUGAUAACCUUUUGCUGCCUUCCAAGCGUGUGCAAGUACACACAGACAAUGCACCCAGGCCCUACCUAACCAAGCCAGAUUACAUAGCGGCUUGCCCAACUCCUGAAAUGAAACCACGGCAAUCUCGACCGGAAACCCGAGGAGGACGUUUGGAAGGCCUCGACAGUGCACCACUUGCUUCUCCAACUAGGCAGUUGAGAAGGUCGCUGUCGUUUCGAACUCUCGAUUCACCCGAGACAAGGGUCCUGAAGAGUACAAACGCCCGACGUCCAAGACGAGGCACUACAAGCGAUGCCGAGGGCUGCGGUAGACAUGCUGCAGGACCGGAACCGUUGGACGAUUUUCUGCUUCCUGCACCCAAUCGUGCAGAUCAGCCCAAGGCCAGACCGACUUGGGAUGGAAUUUCUCCACCAACUCAAACAACACCAAAACAUCUUGAAACAGGCUUGAGGCCGGGCCUUCGUCUAGUUAUUUCUCACAAAAGAAACACUUCAGCCCCGCUUGUUCCCAUGUCCCGCAUUCCAAGCCUCGACGUCGACGUUACACGAGUGGAUCAACCCGGCUCUAUCCCCUCAUUAGCUUCUCCAAGUCCAUGUCAAGACCCAAUCAACGACAUGUCGGCCACACAGGGCCUUGCGGUGCAACCAAACAGUCGAUCGGGCGGCUCUGGCGAACAAGCGUCCACAUUAGCUGGCCCAGAAUCGAUCGACGGUCGGGAUGGUUUGUCGGGCGAUGACGAUGACACAGACCUUCGAAGCGACGGCUUGUAUGAUUCGUUCCGCACCGGUGCCUCCUCCAGUCGGCUGAGGACGGUUGAAACGCCACUAGAGUCCAUGUUUGACGAGUCGCCACCGGGCACCGCUGGUAACAGCAAAGACAAGAGGUUGUCUAUCCAAGAAAUUCUCGGGCAGUCGUGGGAUGGUGCUACCAGGAUCAUGGAAGAGGACGAAAGUCUUCCGCCAACCUUGCGCGCCGCGUUUAUGUCGGACACAGCCAAGAUCGCUCACAAUGGAAGCGACCAAAAUAGCUAUGAGCUUGAUCCUACACCAACCCUCACUUUGGGCGAACAUGACUUUGGUCGCUUGUCGCUCGAUGAUGAUGAUGACGACGACUGGGCGCGAGACGAUGAUGAGACCUUUAGUAACCAUCUUUCACCGCCGUCUACGACAAAUUCAAGUCACGUCAGUCCCGCGAUACGACAAGCGCUAGCAGGCCUGUGCGAGCAAAACGAUGCAGACCUUGGCCACGAUGCACUCGACGACCGAUCGCGGAGUAACAUCUUCGACUGGUGUGAACAACCAUCGGUUGACAAAUUCGACCACGAUGGCCUAUCAUUGCGUCCCAAGACGGUGCACGGAAAGCACGAGCUGGACUUGAGGGGAGGCCGCUCUGUGAUUCGGAAAGGACCCAGCGCAGUCCACAUACGGAGCCAAAGUGUCCCCGUCGUUCCUGAUCUUGCUGAAGGCUCAAAGCCUACUCCCAAGUUCGGCACGUGGGGGCUGAGUUCCAAAACCGUCAGCGAGGACUGGGACGACGACUUUGAUUUUGACGAGGUGCCUGUGAGUGCAACCGGCUGCAAGGACUCGGCCACGAGCUUCUCGAUGGUUGUCCCUGCUUCCAUCCAAGCGAGCCAGCCUUCUGUUAAAGCACAUUCGGGACAAAUUCGCGAACUUUCUUUGUUGGUCAAUGACCUCAAGCGGCUUUGCCGUCAUGGAAAGGAGCUUGAUAUUAUGAAUGGCCCAGCAGCAUCGAAGUGGGAGGAAGCUGAGAACGUCAUUGAGCUUGCUUCGCCAGAUGAGGAGGACGAAGACGACGCCGACGCCGACGCCAGCUCACAGUCGACGGAAUCAAACAUCUCAAGCAUCGAUGAGCGUUACCUGGAAGAAGGCUUUGACGGCUCGAUCCUUGACCAACAAAUCGAUCCGUUUGAGGCCAUACCGCCUCCCAUGGGAAAAACCACGGUGAUACGUGAGCGACAAACGGCACGGCGACGAUCAGUCUUCUCUCCCGACGAUGACAUCUUUGGUGGAGGUUGGCCGCUUACGGAGGGAAGCCCAAAGGCGACGCGACCGCAUACCCCCGAGCGAUCGACAAGUCCCACCGAAAAAUCGGCAAUGAUCGCGACAGUUAUUGAAGCCAUGCAACAGCAACGUUCAACGGCGGACGCUGUUAAGCACGUGGCCCCAGUUAAGCCUUCAAGUUCGAAGCUGUUUUUCGACACAAACAGCCUUCACGAGUUGGUUAAGCGAGCGGGCCAGCUUCGGGAUUCCCUCGCGGAAACUGUUCGGCGGGCAGAAUUGCUUACGCAAACUCCCAUCAGUACUCCCCGGGUUGAGCCACCGAAACCUCGUCAUAACCUUGACGGCAGCCCGGCGUUCACUCGAGUCUUCACGGACCCCUCUGCAAGCCCACAGAGUCCGCAGCGGCGGUUACCCAAGAGCCAUAGUACGAAUUCGGUCCUAAGGAGGAAAUCAUCAGUUGAUUCUCCACGGUUGCAUAUGAUGACCGUUAGCUAGUGGAGGAUACGAAAACGACGGCACGCCCGACGCCCAACGGGAUUGAAAACUCACUGUAUAUGUAUAAAUAAUAUAUUUCGCCACGAACCCCUCGACUAUGACGGAACAUCAUCCUCUUAUGUUUGAACCGGCUCUUGAAGUGGGCUGGAUCGAGAAUAUGAGUGGUUAGG